CUUUACUUCGAGCAAGCACCUACCACCAUCGCUAGCUCACUUCUUAAAAUUGUACUUGGGCAAGAUGAUCUCUCCAAAGAGUGGGGCCGACGGAUGCCAAGCUUUGUGGCGGCCAUCGUCAUCACUUCCCCGGAUCCUAAUGAUGACAUCGUCCUAGGUACUCAGGUCAUUCCCUCGGCAAUAUUAUUGGUCCCCGGAAUGAUCACGAGGCUUAGGAGGCCGAGACUUCCACGCCACUCAUGA